AAUAAUCUUGGAAAUAAUUCAGGAUUUUUCGUGUUUUUAUAAGAAAUUGUUUCACGGAAUCAAACUAUUAUUUAUUUCGAACGUCUGCAGCUGGUAAAAAUUCCGUUAAAAGUAUUUUGGAAACGGCUUGAACAAAACAACUGCGGAUCAAUCGGAUUUAUUGGUUUCAUUCAGGAACGAACAGGAAUAGAUAGCUAACAUGAGUUUCAGCGGAUUGUUAACCACGGGCUGUAUUGCCGAUAUCAUGCGUGGAACAGAACUGGAGAAACCGGUGGUCCAGAUUCUGGGUUCCAAACGUAUCGCCGGUGGCGGUGAACAAUCGGAACGCUAUCGGCUGCUGAUUUCCGAUGGUCAGAAUCUGUACAGUUUUGCCAUGUUGGCAACGCAGCUGAACGAGCUGCAUCAAAAUGGUCAGCUGGCUGAGUACACCGUGAUCCGGAUUGACCGGUACAUUACAUCGGUUGUGAACCGGAAUGAACGUGGCGAGAAACGGGUGUUGAUUAUUCUGGAACUGAAUGUGAUCAAGCCGGGUGCGUCGAUUGGGGAGAAGAUUGGCAAUCCGCAACCGUUGACUGAAACGGGUGCUGGUGGCAGUGCUGGCUCUGCGUCGACAUCGGCUGCCCCCACCCGGUCGGAAUCUGCCGGAAGUGUCAGUAACGGAUCUAAUUAUCAGAACCGACCGGCUGGAGGAAUGGGAAGUGCCCCGUCCGGUGGUGGUAGCAUGUCGCUCCAGGAUACCCUGACUCAUCCUAUCAAUUCGCUGAGCCCGUACCAGAACAAGUGGGUCAUCAGAGCGCGUGUCAUGUCGAAAUCGGCAAUUCGUACCUGGAGCAAUGCCAAGGGUGAGGGUAAGUUGUUCUCCAUGGACAUUAUGGAUGAAUCGGGUGAAAUUCGUGUCACGGCCUUUAAGGACCAAUGUGAUAAGUUCUACGAUAUGAUCGAAGCUGAUAAGGUUUACUACAUUACAAAGUGUCAGCUGAAACCGGCCAAUAAGCAAUUCUCGACCUUAAAGAACGAUUACGAGAUGACCAUGACAAACGAUACGAUUGUGCAGGAGUGCAAAGAUGCAUGUUCUUCCAUGCCGACGAUUCAGUACAACUUUGUGCCGAUUUCCGGGAUUGGCAACAUGGAACCAAAUGCCGUGAUCGAUGUAGUCGGUAUUUGUAAGGAAGCCGGAGAUGUGCUGCAAUUCACAGCUAGAUCAUCCGGACGGGAGCUGAAGAAGCGAGAGGUCACAGUGGUCGAUUCAAGCAAUGCGGCCGUACAGUUGACUUUGUGGGGUGAUGAUGCACAGAACUUCCCCGCUUCCACCAAUCCGGUAAUCGUGAUCAAGGGAGCUCGAGUGACCGAAUUUGGGGGAGGCAAAUCGCUUGGACUGGUCGCUGGCAGUGUCAUGAAGAUGAAUCCCGAUAUCGAAGCUGCUCACAAGGUUCGCGGCUGGUAUGAUAAUGGUGGGUGUGAUAAUGUCGUUAGCAGUGUUUCGACUCGCACGGGAGCCGGAUCUGGCUAUACAACCGAAUGGAUAACAUUCCACGAGGCUAAGGAAAAGAACCUGGGCAAUGGCGAUAAGCCGGAUUAUUUCCAGGUGAAAGCUCUCAUUCAUAGUGUCAAGUCCAGUAAUGCGGUCUACAAAGCUUGCCCACAGCCAGAGUGUAACAAGAAAGUCGUUGAUCAAGAGAACGGACAGUACAGGUGUGAAAAAUGCAAUGCCGAUUUCCCCAAUUUUAAGUAUCGGUUGCUGGUCAGUAUGUUGGUUGGCGAUUGGACUUCCAACCGAUGGAUCACGGUGUUCUCGGAUCUGGCCGAACAGCUGUUGGGGAAAACAUCCCAGGAAAUCGGCGAUGCCCUAGAAUUCAACAAAGAGGAAGCCGAACAAAUCUUCUCUGCGAUAAGCUUCAAGAACUACGUCUUCAAGCUGCGAACAAAGGUCGAAUUCUACGGAGACUCAGCACGGAACAAGACCACCGCUGUCGCAGCCACAUCCCUUAAUCACAAGGAGUACAAUGCCUAUCUCAUCAAAAAUAUCCAGGAUAUGACAGGAAUUGGCAAACACUAGAUUUAGAACUCCUACCAGAAGUUGCUCACGUUCCCACUUAUGUUUCUCUUAAGUUCCACCAAAUAAUGAUCCACAUAUACAAAAUAACUAUUACCUUAAUUAUAAUGAUUAUGAUCAAUCUGUGUAAAAAUGAUACCUACAAAUACAAUGCAUAAAAAUA